AUGCCUCGAGCACCGCGACGCGGCCCGCUGCCUACGGACGAGCAACCCACCACUACACCUACGCGUCCUGGACACAAUGCCAUCACGGCUACGAUCCCUCCGUUCAUGCUCGAUACACCACCUCACGCUCCUUUCUUGACGACGCAGCAACCCGCCCACAACCCCAAUGAAUCGAUCGUGCCCGAGCAAAACAACGCGUCGCGCAGACCGCGCAACCAAGCCACACCUGCACCCAAUGGCGACCUAGCCGAAGGAUCCCAAGCCUCUACCCAUGCCCUCAGUGCCCCUUCCGAAGUCGGUGAGCCUGCCGAACAGUCUUACCUCUCAUCCAUUCACCAAGAAGCCGAAGAUGCGAAAGAGCUUCUCGGCCUACGUGACAUCUCUAGCCUCGCCACCUGGACACUAUCUUCCGCCAAACCGGGUUGCGCGCUUCCUCAGCUUCGUUCUCCAGAUACAAACCAUUUCUGGCAGAGCGAUGGGCCGCAGCCGCACACACUGACGUUGCACUUCUUCAAGUUGGUCGGCAUUGUCAAGAUGCGCGUGUAUUUGGAUUUUGAGCUGGAUGAGAGCUACACGCCUACAAAGAUGAAGUUCUACGCGGGCAUGAGCGAGGGCGCGUUGGUUGAGUUCGGAGAAUGGGUGAUGACGGAGGAGACCGAUCCGGUGACGGGUGAGGUCAGGAGCAUGGUGGAAAGCGUCAAGGGUUGGAUUGAUGUGGAUCUGACCGGUGUUGGAGGCAGGGAGAAGCGCUACUAUGAUACUGCAGAGGACGAUGAGGCAAUGGGAGAGUGGGACGCAGCAAAGUCGGGAGAUGUAUUGAAGGCUAUGGUCGUGCAGGUGCGGAUCUGCGAAAAUCAUCAGAACGGCAAAGAUACGCACGUUAGGGGAUUUCAGGUGUUCGCAAGGGAUGAAACGGUUCUGCGAGAGCACAAAGUGCCGCUUCGGAGGAAAGGCAAGAAGCGUUUGGAUGCCAUGGAAGGGAGCGCAGCUGUGGGUAUUCAAUUGGCAGACUGGAUGGGCGAUCCAGAGAUUCGCUAA